AUGAGUGGGGGUGUGUCUGGACCCACCUCUCCACCCCACCCCACUGCUCCAUCUCCAGACCUCUCCGGCCUAGUCGCUACGUGCCAGUCUCUGCGGCAACAGCCUUCUUGGUCGGCAGCAACCACCCUCUUCUUCUGCUUCACUGCCCUUGGCUUCAGGCGAUUUCUGUCGCAUGUGCCAAUCUACAAUGGCAUUAUGUUUCUGUUUGUUCUGGCCAACUUCUGUAUGGCCACCUUUAUGGAUCCUGGCAUCUUCCCUAGAGCUGAGGAAGAUGAGGAUAAAGAGGAUGAUUUCCGAGCUCCUCUUUAUAAGACUGUGGAGAUUCGAGGCAUUCAAGUGCGGAUGAAGUGGUGCUCUACUUGCCGUUUCUACAGACCCCCACGUUGCUCCCACUGCUCCGUGUGCGACAACUGUGUGGAGGAUUUUGAUCAUCACUGUCCGUGGGUCAACAACUGCAUCGGCCGGAGGAACUACCGUUACUUCUUCCUGUUCUUGCUCUCUUUGACGGCUCACAUAAUGGGCGUAUUUGGCUUCGGCCUGCUUUUCAUUCUCUACCACACCCAGCAGCUGGACCGAGUGCAUUCGGCUGUCACUAUGGCUGUCAUGUGUGUCGCUGGGCUUUUCUUCAUCCCAGUGGCAGGUCUCACUGGUUUCCAUGUCGUUCUGGUGGCAAGAGGCAGGACCACCAAUGAGCAGGUUGUGACAUGCACAAUCAUAAUCUUCUUUU